UCCGAUUGAUAUCUCUGUUACCUGAGGGAAAUCUUACGAGUGCUACUCCCCGUAUAAAAGCUUCCAGAGGAACAUCUCAUGGGAUUAGUUGUCUAGCAAAUAUCUCAAAAUGAACAAACUUUUUCUGGUGGCCGUAGUGGCUGCGGUUGCCAUCGGUACCAGCCAGGCAUUCGUCCCGGUUUUCCAUCGCUUCCGACGUAGUCCUUCGGUUCGGUGUUGCAACGACGGAUUCGAGGAUUCCAUCAACCACGAGAAGGUGGUCGCCGUGAGACGCACCUGCGCCGAAGAGCUGGGACUGAACGAGAUGUCCGAAGAGGAGCUGGUGAAGAACCGUGAAAAUCUGGUUUGCCUGGUGGAGUGCAUUGCCAAAAAGCACGAACUGGCAGACGAAACCGGUGAUCUGUUGCACGAAGAUCUGGCGAAGGCAGUGAAGGACCAUUUCAGUGUUGCCGAGUGGAAGGUACCGCUGUUAGAUGACUUCAUAAAGCAAUGCUUCGAUCAUGCCGAAGAGGAACACGAGAAGCACCCCACCGAGGAGGGCAAAUGCAACCCGGAGGGAUUCGAAUUUUCCUACUGCCUGUGGAGACACUUUACGCUGGCAUGUCCGGAGGAGCUGCAAGAUGAUUCGGAACGGUGCGAGGCGAUUCGGGGAAAGCUAAAAAGCGACGAAGAUGUGGGCUUUUGGAAUAACGACCUCGAUGAAACCAAGUGAUGCGAUAUGACGGGGGGAGAGCUUUUUAGCGGUUGAGCUGCUCUGGAUGUGCUUGUGUAACGGACCAUAACGCUGAUGUACUUUAUAGCUAGACGGCAUUAUAAAAUGUGAUUGAUUGCUGCUUUAUCAAUAUAAAGAUAUGUUUUGAUCAACA